UGAAGGUGCCCAUCCAUUUAUCGAACCAUCCACUGUCCCGCCGACGGCGGUGGACACACAUCCCCUCCCCGCCCCGGGAACUCAGUCCAACACAACCAACCAAUCGCAGGCAGCCCCUUCACGUGAGUAAGGCCCAUCUGGUAGGAAAGGCCAACAUGGAUGCUGCCUGCCGCGCAACCGCACUCACACAGAGUGGACAUGGCAGCACCAAUCAUUCCCACCGCACGAUAUAUAUAUACACACACAACAGACAGACAGACAGACAGACAAGGUGAGGAAGAAUGGCAGAAUGAACACGCGCACGAGACACCUGGCUUGCCGACGGAUAUGUGGCAAGGAGAGUGACGAUGAAUGGGCUCCACCACACGCACGCGUGUGUGCGCGAGAGUCCAUUCGUCUGCCGCCCCCAUCGUCACACCACUGCACACAGACGUCACUGGAAAUGGACCACACAGCCAGACCACCACACCCAAUGUAUAUGCACUGCCCACCCCAGGCGGCCACCAUCCGAUGUGCCGUUCACAGAAACACCACAGAAGGGCAGAGAGCGAUGAAUAAAGGAAUGGACGAGUAGGCAGGUGUAGGAUGGAUAAAUAUGCUUCAGGUCGUGCAAGGGAAGAGUUCCUGCAACAGACAAAAGAAAGGGAUGGAUGGACGGAUGGAUCCGUCUGUCGGUGUCCCCCUCCGCUCACCCGCAGGAUGGCCGACACAGCCGUCUUGAAUGUGCCAUUGCGAACACGCGAGUAGGUAUCGUCUGCACAGCAACGCAAUGCUGCUCUCGGGCGCCUCCACCCAUCCAGCCCAUCCAUCCAUCUCCUUACCGUUUUGUGCCUCGCCGUCGGGCGGCACGGACAAGCACACCCAUUUGCGGAAGAAGCGCUCCACACGUAUGCUCCCAGACAACACCUGCUUCAACUCCUUGACCUUAUCAAAUCACGCAAGCCAGAGAACCGUUCCCAGCAGACGUCCACACAUCCACCCACCCACCCUUUGUCACCAUUGUCAUGUAUUGGUGUGCAUGCCUGACUGCCUGACCUGCUCAUCGGACGGCUCGGUGUGGGCCUGUAGCUCGCCAAACCACUGCAUCAUGUUCGUCAGCACCGUCUCGUUGACCUGUCAGAGGACCACACAGUACGGAAGGCAUCACUGGCACAUGCAUGUAUUGGCGCGCAUGCACUUGACCCGACUCACCGCGUUAAGAAGGCCCGCUGGAGGGCGCCCCAGGACGACGCCCGUCACCAUCACCUCGUCAUCGUCAUGGUCAUCGUCAGCCAAAUCUAUCACCUUCCGUGCCUCACCUUCCCCACCACCGGCAUGACCAGCAGCUGCUGCUGCUGCCCCUGCUGAUGCACCACGACCCCUCUCGACCUUCGGGCGCUUCGACGCCCCAUCGCCGCCCGGCGGGCUGCCCCUCUUGUUCUGGUCCUUCUGCAUCUGGUCCCGCGCCCAGCCCUCGAUGACCCUGAGGGCAGAGCGGUCGGGGACGAGGUCGGCCUUAGUCAGUCGCUUGUCGCUGCUCGGGCUGCGGUCGCUCUGUCGAUCAAAGCAAGAGGGAGAAGAGUUGCGGGGUGUGGUGUCGUGUGGUGUGGUGUGGUGUGUCCGUUGGUCGGUCACUGCCUGCCUGCCUGACCACUGCUUACGUGGUCGAGGUGGUCGCAGAUGGCGUGGUACUCGUAUGUGGUCUGAGAGGUGGGGCUCUGAACAGGCUGGCGGGGCACACCCAACGUGAUGGGGCAGGUUGGCAAGAACUCUGCACACAAACAAAGCCAGACAAGAGGGAAGACAUCAUCGCAGCCGCACAGACGUCAUCAGACGCGGUGCGGCUGCGUACCUGGUACAUCCUCCUCACGCAGCCCAUCAAUGAACUCCCACACGUCAUCGGGUAGCCUCGGGUACCUCACCGCCUCACCACCACCCGCAGCGCCACCAUCAGCCUCUGCAUCAGCCGCCGGUGCAAGUGGUUGAGCGCCGUUGGUGGACGAAGCGCCCUGGGCUCCCUGACCGCUCGGCCUAGUGCCCGCCGACGGACUGAAGCCAAAAAAGGGAAACAUCUGCACGCACCGCACCCAUAGAGCAAUGACUGACUCGCUGCCAGAGAUUCGCGUGUUCCUAUGGUCUUGCCUCGCCUCUUCACCCCCCGCGAGCGGUGUAGCCCCUUACCGAUGAGCAGAUUUCAGCAGUAUGCGAUGCGGGAGGCCAUCAGCAGAGCGAGGAAAGCUUCAGCGACGUCGACACGCACUCCAGGGGUGGAGUGAGGUGCCCCCAGCAGGGUUG